AUGCCGGCACUUACCAUCGCCGUCCAACCUCCUUCUCGCGCUCAGGUAUCCACCACACUAUAUCCUCCCCUAGUUGCAGAGUUCAACUUUAAAGGAUCAGCUACUGGCUUUUACUUCUUUGCCAUGGCUAUACUUCUUACACGAAAUGGGGAUACCGUGGAACAUGGCCUAGCAGGGACUACAACGGUAACUGGUGUGGACGUCACUUCGCUUCUGGGAUCCUCAAGAACCACGGUUUAUUUCCCUUUUACCGACCUCAGCCUUCUAUACGAAGGUGCCUACAAGAUUCGUGUCGAUGUGUACAAGGUCGCUUACGAAAAUUCCGACGGAUACAUAUUUCAAGAUCAGAUCAAGACAAGCCGCAUCACUGCUGUUAAUGAAGACGUUCCAGCUGGAACUGCCGGUUCUUCUGAGCGUAGCGUGAUUCGAACACUUCAAAGCGCUGGUGUCCAGAUUCAUUGA